UAACCAACCACGCCUUUCCAACACAUUUCCGCUCUUCCCGCCCCGGGCCGGUGCCAGGGCUAGCGUGCGCGAGAAAGUCCAGAGCCUUCAGCCCACCGAUGCUGAUUGGGAGAUUCUGACAGAGUUACGUGAUUUCCUCCACCCAUUCGCUCGCGUCACCACCGCGGCUGGAUCCCCACCGCCUUGCCAGCUUUGAAGAAGUACCACUACACCACGAGCAAGGAGUUGUUCAUUGCUACCUUCCUGGAUCCCCGCUUUAAGCAUCUCUAUUUCAGGAUCAAGAGGUGGGAGGCGAACAACCCACAGCUGGCCACAGAGUUGGGGGGGAAGGCAAGAGCGGUCCUAGACAUCGACAAGGCAGCGGUGCUGAAGCUAGUGCGCGAGAGGCUUAGCGGGUAUCAGCAGGAGUUGAGGUCUCGCGAUACCAGCACGGGGACAAGCCGACGCGCACCAGUUGGGGCGGGGGUAGAGGUGGAGGGGGGGACUGGACCAGCUGCGGGGGGGGAUGACGGCCUAGAUGAUGGACUGUUCAGUACACUGGAUGAGCUGGAGGCGGAGGCGGGGUCGCAGCAGCUGGACGAGGUGGACACAUACAUUAGGGCGGCGAAGGAGCCGCGGGACUCCUGCCCGCUAGCCUAUUGGCGUGACAGGCACUACCUCCCCGGGUUGAGGGCGAUGGCUCGGGACUACCUAGCUAUCCCGGCCUCGUCUGCAGCAAGUGAGCGAGCUUUCAGCCAGAGUCGGAAUAUAUCAUUACUUGGCAGAGUCAUCGACUGACAGGUCCUCACGUGCGUGCGACCAUGACUAUCAAGUCAUGGCUUUCGCAGAACACGGGGGUGCCGCCCUUGGAUGCCAAGAAUCUGAAGGCAACUGGAGGAGUGUGCCUUGAGGGGGAUGAUGAGGGGCUUUGAGUGGGAUUGGGGGUGGUGCUGCAGGUUGGGAUUGGAUUAAACAUUAUUACGUCUCUCCAAGGACCUGGCAAUGAGCCAAUGGGCCCUCUUUGGGACUUUAUUUAUUAGGCUUGAUAACGUGCAUACAUGACUGCCUAAUUCUGCAUUUUCCAUAGCAUGAGGGCCUGCAGCAGCCGACAGCCCAAAAACCACAAGUUCGUGGCCUUGUGUGCCACCUUCCAUGUGUAGCUGCAUUUCCUGCGCAUUUAGGGGACUAUGAGACACGUUACAAGGGGCCACAACCACCUUAGAAAUCUGCCAGAACAAUGCACGACAUCCCCCCAUCAAAACCCCACCCGAAACAGUCAAAAAGGGGUCCCGGGCCGGCUGGCCCUGUUUAGGCCCGUUUUUAUACUGGGCCGGACCGGUUCGGCCACCGGGCCAAGGUCGGCCCGGGUCUAGAGACCCGGGCCGGGCCAACAAAUCCAGGAAUCCGGCCCCGUUAUGGGCCGGCCCGGCCCGGCUCGAUUUCUAC